GCAAUUCAGAGCAUUACUUUCAGUGAGUUGGUGUGAUCGAAGCAGGUUUUUUCAGUUUUCAAUUUGUAUUUUGCUUAGAAAAGAAAGAAGAAGAAGAAGAAGCAGCAAUAUGUCGUGCAAGAACAACGCCUGUGAGGCUGCUGAUCGUGCAAAGGCUUUUGGGGAGGAGAAGAGCAACGAAGCUCAACAACAUGCCCAAGGUGUGAAGGAAAAGGCUUCCCAGUUCUCCCUGCAGAGCGAGGAGAAAGCAGGAGGAACUACUGAAAUGGCAAAGGAGAAGGCUUGUGAGGCCAAGGAACAAACUGCCUCUAUAUUCCAACAGGCUGGGGAGCAGGUGAAAGAAGUUAUGCAGGGAGCAGCAGAAACUGUGAAGAAACCCUUUUCUGGAGGCAACUAGUCUGUUUAGUGUUGAGUACAAUAAAAUGUUUAUUGUCUAGAUUUAGUGCAGUUUAUCUGCUUGUUUUUGUGUAUAAUAAAAGUGGGUUGUUGUUGUCUGUAGACAAUUCUUGGUCAGUGUCAAUCAAUCAAUCAGUGUAUUGUCUUUGAUUCAAAGAUUGCAUAUGAAGAUGAAAGUACUUGCAGAUUGAAUGAUUGGAAAAUAAAAAUCUGUGGAGCACAUUGGAUUUGAUUCA